AUGAGUGCAGAUGACAGUAGCAACGUAUCAGGAUCAAGAGAGGGUCCAAGUAGAGAAUCAGCAAGAUUGGAUUUGGCUAAAGCAGACCCAAAGUGUGCAGAAUGGAUGGAUGAUUGUAUCAAACGGAUGAAUUCUCUGUACAACAACUCAAAUAUCAAUAUUUGUAACGUGAUGACUGGCCACGAGAUUAUUUCGAUUAUUCGGCUCGCCGAGCAGAUUUUCAUGGACGAGAGCAACCUGUGCGAAGCGGAGGCUCCGAUCAAAGUCGUCGGUGACAUUCAUGCCCAGUAUCAGGAUUUGAACCGUUUGUUCGAUCUGAUCGGACGGGUUCCAGAGGAGAAGCUCAUGUUUUUGGGCGACUAUGUAGAUCGUGGACCUCAAGGAAUCGAAGUCCUCAUUCUCCUUUUCUGCUUGAAAAUCCGUUACCGUGACCGUAUCUUUUUGCUCCGCGGCAAUCACGAAACUCCAUCGGUUAAUAAGAUUUACGGAUUCUGGAAUGUCAGAUCAAGUACGGUGUCGGAUUGUGGUGGGACUUUCAGUCGUGCUUCAAUCGAAUGCCCAUGUCAGGACUGAUUUCGAAGAAGGUGCUCUGCAUGCAUGGAGGACUGUCGCCGGAGCUCGUCUCGCUUGACACGAUUCGAAAUAUUCCACGUCCGUGUGAGCCGCUUGAUCGAGGAUUGCUCAUCGAUUUGCUUUGGUCGGAUCCGACGAAUAAGGGCGAGGGAUGGUUCCAUUCGAUUCGAGGCAUCAGCUAUAUGUUCGGAAAAGGUGUGGUCGAACAGGCAUGCAAAUCGCUUGAAAUUGACCUCAUCAUUCGUGCUCAUCAAGUUGUACAAGACGGAUAUGAAAUGAUGACCGGACGCCGUUUGAUCACAGUUUUCUCGGUGCCCAACUACUGUGCUCAAUUUACCAACGCGGCCGCCGUUGUUUGCCUGAAUGCUAACUUGGAGAUAUCCUUCCAACAAAUGCUUCCACCUCCACUUCCAGCAACUGCUAAGGCUAAAACUGCUCCUGCUAUCGCAAACAAUCCGAACGCGGAUGGUGCAAAAGCUGACAAGGAAUCGAUCAAACAAUUUGUCAAGGCGUAA